AUGGCGAUUUGUGUGAAUGAUGUAAUCGCCUGUCUUUUAGACCUUGAUGCCGGCUGCGCUCAGUGGACCUGCAAUGGCCAUCCUAUCGGUAGGAGUGUGCGUCUACGUUUUACUGGUGGCCUUAUUACUUCGCUUGCUUCUACCUCAGUUUCUUGCGUUUCGUCCAACACUGGGACUGCUGGAAUUGGGAUUACUUCAGCCUCCGCAUAUCCAAGUGCUGGAAAUGUCGGUUGUUCUGCGGCAAUCGACACUAUCGCCUCCAAUAGCUGCACGGCUCUUUCUUUUUCCGGGCAUCAGGCUGGAUCCCUCAGAUCCGGUACAUCUACUCUCCAUUCACUCGCACGAUCUUCGCGGGCUGGUCUGGGCAUCAGUUAUAGCUCGAAUGGGCACAUCUGUGGAGUUGCUUCUGCCUCUGGCCUGUCAGAGAUGGCGGCAGUAACUGCAGUAAAUUGUGCUGCUAUGCCAUCUGCAACGGCGCAGACGACAGAGACAAUGCCCCCAUUGACACCGGGCAGUCUCACGCUUCCCGCCAAUCUAACCGCACUUUUCCCAGCUUUGGCUUUGCGUAACAUUGUGGUUGAGAUAAACUUUGGUGGGGGACCUCGGCGAAUGUUGGCAAGCCCUGGGGUGAGCAGAUUCUUUUAUUGGCUCAUAUUUUCAAUUCUAAAUGGAUGA